AAUCGCAUUUGGCAACCCAAAAUAUUUAUAACAUUUGGAUUGUUUUGGCGCAUUUUAACUUUUACUUUAUUGUUUAUAAAUAUAAUUAAUAGGCAUUAAAAGAAAAUUCGUACUCAGAAAGUAAUUUUGUAAUUAUGACUAUUAAAUAAUUUCCUAAAAAUGGAGUGUACUCAAAGAUUGGAGUUUACACAAGAAUUAUAUGAAUCCCGGACUGAAAAGACCAGUCCAGAACAAAUUGGAUUUAUUGGGAUAUGUGGAACAAAACAUCCAGUGAAACAUGGACCAAACAAAAUUGGCAGAGAUCCACAGACAUGUAACAUUGUUCUACAAUUGAAUUCUAUAUCACGACAACAUGCUGUUAUUAAUGUUUUAAAUAAAACAGACUUCAUGCUGAUGGAUUUGGAUUCUGCAAAUAAAACCAAAUUGAUGAAUAAAACCCUUCAACCAUACAUUCCCCAUCCCCUCAAGAAUGGUGACAUGGUGCAGUUUGGUGAUGUCUUUGGAGUGUUCAGAGUACUCGAAGAAGAUACUGAUUUGCCUAUGACCCAGGCCUUAGACAUUCCUGAAACACCUAUAACAUAUCGUCACAUAUCAAGAAUAAAUAAUGUGCCAAUUACUACUAUACCCGAGUCUCCAGAUGUUAGUGACAAGGAUGACUCAUUUAUUGCACCUUCACAACCAAAAGGAAGUAGACCAUUUAGAAAUUCCAAUACAAAUUACAUUAAACAAUCAGCAAAGAUAAUUUCUAUACAGCCUGUAGGAUUGAAUAUAAAUGAAAUGGAAACACAACCACAACUUGAAGUAAAACAUAAUGAAAAUGCAGAUUCUAUUCAUACAGCUGACACUCAAUUACCAAUCCUUAAUUCUUCGCCAUCUAUACACAAUAUUUCAACACAGUUGCCUGUAACUGGAGAUGAUAAUCUGCCAGAAGUAUGUAAAAUAAAUAAUCAAUAUGAAAUGCAAUUUAACUUGUUCACAACAAAUGGUAACGACAAUAAUAUUUUUGAAGCUGAGACACAACAAUAUACUCCUGAAAAAGAACAAAUAUUUCCAAUAAGGUUAAAUUCUGAAUUAAAAAAAUUAUCAACGACAGAUAAAGAAACCUAUCGUGAUAUACAUGAUGCAGCUACACAACAUAUAGAAGAAAAAGAAAUUAUUCCAGUGGUGCCAAAUGUUAAAAGUACAAAUGUAUUAGAGAAUAAACCAAAUAAUUCUCAAACAAAUCUUUCUGAAGAAGAAAUUAUAUUUGAAGAAAUCAACGAUGAUCUAUUUGAAGAUAAUUUUGAAUCACAAUCUUUGUUACCAGAAUUUCUUGAUAAUGGCAAGAAAAAAGUAACUGUCACAUUGGAAUCUGAUAAAAAAUAUCCAAAAGUUUUAAUAUCCAACCAAAAAAGAAAUGGCCCUCUUAAGUCAGAUAGUUCCACGGAUAUUGAAGAUAUAGAAAUAAUACCCACACAGCAACUACCUGAACCACCCUUAGAUGAAGAUGUUACUGAUUGUGAAGAUGAAUUGAAUGAAAGUGAAACUACAAAAGUAAAGUUUGAAGAUAUGUUGACUCAAAUAAUUGAUGAAAAUGACCCUGAUAUUACAUCAAAUAAUAAACAGAAUAUUGAAGACAUGGCUACACAAAUUAUUGAGGACAAUGAAUCCAGUAAUAGAUGUGGUAAUAAAAUAAAUGUUAAAGAAAACCCUAUUGAAAUUCUAAAUGCAGAAGAAAGUAAAAAUAAAAAUAAUGGAAUUAAUUAUGAAGAUUUACCUACACAAAUAUUGUAUGAUGAUAUUCCACUUAAUAAAGACAUUUCUAAUGAAAACUUAAUCAUAUCAGAUAAUCCAAAUGGGAUAAGUCCAUUUAAAAUUCCUCUACAAUCUCCUAUAAAAAUAAAAAGAAAAGAUAUUUCAGUAGUAAACCCAUUAAAGGAACGUGUUUUAAAUAACUCUUCUAAAAUUAAUGGAUUUAACAUUACCGAUGCAGAUAAUUAUUAUACAGCAACUCAAGAAAUAUUAGAUGACUUAUGUACUCAAGCACAACAUUCUCUAGAAAUUGCUAAACCAAAACCUGAUAAUGCAAUAAAUAACAAUGAUUUAAAAACAAAAUCAAAUGAUAAUGAUUUUGUGCCAUGUUCUGUUGAAGAAUAUCAGACAGAUGAUAAGUUACCGGGUCUGGAUAACUUAUCACCGAAAAAGAAAAACAUUACUUCGGAAAACUCAAUUUUCAACAAUGACCUUAAUAUAAUUUCACCAUCAAAUUUGUCUAGCCAACAAAUAAGAGAAGUGAUUGGUGUAGAUGUUGCAAAAUUUAAAAAAAUAUCAAGUGAUUCUUCCGAUGUAGAUGUUACACCGAAAAAAAAACCUUUUAGAUUCUUAGAUAUUGAUUUACCUAAUAGCCAAGAAAUAAAAACCAGUGUCACAUUGAUAAAACCAAAAGACACAUUUAUAGGUUCAUCCAGUGAUUCUGAAACUGAAAUAGACUUUGAAGAACAAUAUACCCCAAUUUUGUUACGAAAAAAGAAACGAUCUAAGGUAGAUUCAAAACAAAAUGCGAAGCAAAAUUUAUCAAAUAAGUUAAAUAUAGAUGGUUUACCAACCAGAGUCCUCUCACGAAUACGGAAACCUACCGCGAAAAUUCAAAACACUGACCCCCAGAUUAAGAAUAUUCUAAAACCCAAGUUUUUAACAGAACAAGAUGAUAACAUAAAUGAAGACAUCAUAAAUGAAAAUAUAUUAAGACUUCAAAGUGAGAAUGUAAAAAUGAAAAACAACAAAAAAUAUGAAUUGAAUUCAGAGUCAAAAAAUAAUAUCAAUAAUAGAAGUACAAAUAAUAUUCGUAGCAGUAAUAAAAGUAAAGAUAUUAUGAAAUCUGAAUCUAAAAAAACUUGCAUAGAAAAAAAUAGAGAUGGCCAACAAAAAAAUGUAGAUAACCCUAGUACUUCUAGAGAGAAAAAUAAAGCGUCAUCUUCAGAAAAAAAAGUAAAUGGUUUAGUAAUUGAUUCUAAUAAUGAAAAAAGUAAAAGAAGUACACGCAGUUCUAAAAAGAAGGAGGAAUCCGAAAAUAAAGUUAGUGUAAAGGUUAAAGAGGAAAAUGUAAAAAUAGAUAGAACUGAAUCAAAGAAACGAAAUGAAAUCGAGAAAUCAAGUAGGAAACAAGUGCAUAAAAUUGUAGAUAAAAUGCAGUCACUGCCAGAUGGCGAAAAAGAAGUAAGACGAAGUAUGAGACAGAAAAGAAACAAAAAGGAGGAUUCUAUUAUAAAGGUUAAAAUUACAAAACCUAAUAAAAGAAGUAGGUCAGUUCAACAUGAAAAAAGUACAGUGUAUAAUGUAUCAUCUGAGUCUGACAGAGAUGUGACUAUGAGUCUGAAGAGAUCUGCAAUGGAUACAUCUAGAGCGCCAAGCCCUAAACGAAAAAGAUCUGCGGGCAAUAUAUCUCUAAGAGCAACACCGGCACGAAUAUUAAAAACACAAUAUGUUCUAUUUACGGCUUUCCCGUGUGAAGAAGUGAAGUUGAAGCUGGAAAACCUAGGUGCUGUAGUAGUAACAGAUGUGGCCGCUUGCACUGUGCUCUUGACUCUGAGCAUCAGGCGAACAUUCAAACUGCUGUGCGCGGUGGGCUUGGGGAAGCCCAUAGUCGGCGCUGACUGGGUUCAAGCUUGUGCUGAUACUAAAAGGAUUGUUGAUCCAUGGCUCCACCUCAUAAAAGAUGAAGCUGCAGAAGCUAGGUUUAAAUUCAAUCUGGAGCGAACACUUCGCAGCAAGCGAAACUUUUUAAAGGGCUACAACAUUUCAUCCACUCCAAAUGUGAUGCCGAAUGCUUCGGAGAUGAAAUCAAUCGUCGAGUGUUCUGGCGGCUCUUGGAAGGAAGGUGGAUCAAAUUGGAUGUGUGUGUCAUGUUCAGCAGACAAAAGCCUUUGGCCAUCGUUGAAACAAAGAGGUGCUACCAUUGUAUCUACAGAGUUUAUUUUGGGAGGGGUCCUGAGGCAAAAACUGGACGUGACAAAUAGCAAGCUCUGUUGAAAACUUAAUAAAUCGUAUUAGACCGCUUUAAUUAUUGCGUUCUAUACUUAUACAUUAA